UGAUUAUAAAAAUGUACAAUGAUGUAAAUUAUUUGAUGAAGAACAUCAAAAAUUUAUCUCAGCUCUUGAUUUUUAUUUUAUUGGUGAAAUUAGUGAUCAGUUUAAAGUUUCACUUAUUUAUCUACCAUAUUUUUAUGUUGGAACAAAACUUGGACGAGAAAAUACUGUUUAUGCUUAUUUAUCCAACCCAGGUCCAAUAAAACGGCGUCGUAAACGGCCUGAAACGGCUAUAAAACGGCGAUUAACGAUGUAA